UGGAUCUAUGGACCGACAAUGAGUGGGCCAAGCGGCUGAAAAUUCCCUAAUGGCUUGGUGCAUGGAUUCUGUAGACGAAAAAUAUCACAGCUACCAUCGAAGCUUCCCUGCUUCUCUCCUACCAAGUCAGCCCGCUUCCGGUUCUGUGUCCGCCAGUUUUCUUCCUCCUCCACGACAUAUCUAAUAAAAAUUGGAGAAUCAGAUAUAUAAAUCCUAUUCAAAAUCUCUCUUAUUUUCUAUCUCCGAUUUAAUGUCGCACAGAACCCUGGAUUCGCGCCACUCCAUUGACUCCUGCACCUUCCAGCUUCAUUCUUGGCGACCUUUCCACUUCCAAACACUAGACUCCGAUCCUCCUAAGCCCCCAUACCCCACCAACGUUCUCCACUCUCAUACCCUCACUAAACGCCCUUGUCUCUCUGAUCGUACCACUUCAUUUACCAUUGAUUCUAUCGACAUCUCUAAGCUCUCACUAAUUGAUGACGACAAGACCAUCGGUGCCGCUGCUAGUCCUUUUAAGCGAGGGACCUUACGGCUGAUUGCUCGUAAACGACGGCGGCGAGGUUCUCGGUCUGUAUCUGGUCGGAGUUCUGAUCGAAGUGGAACUCGACGGUGUUGUUCAGUUGGGGCGUCGGCUGCUCACGGUACCUGCUCGGAUUUUCCGGUGGCGGUGGGGACUGAUUCUAGUGGUGAGCUUUUUGGGAAUGGGGAAGCUAAUUGGGCAUCGGAUGUGAGCGAAGCGAAGAAUUCAUCAAGGAGGGAGAGAGAGAGGGAUAGGGAGGAGAAAGAGAAUUUGGGUGUUGGUGGUGGGUUUGGUCAAUUUGGGAAUUUUGAUUCUCAAGGGAAUGAAUCUGGAUAUGGGAGCGAACCAGGAUAUAGAGGAGAUGCGGAGUUUGGUUAUGAGGAUGAGGUUGAUGAGGAGGAGGAAGAUGCCAGGUUGCUGUUUUGGGGCGACCAAUUUGGAGGUAUGAAUUCUAAGAUGGAGAUGGUAGGAGAGAACACAUUCUCAGAUCAAAAGGCCCAUUACAGGUGUCGCCGCAAGAAGCAUGAUAGUCGAAUGGUUGAUUCACUGAGAUGACUAAUUGUGUGUUGAAGUUGCUAUUUUUGCCCUCAGGGAGCCCCUUUUAUAUAUAUAUAUAUAUAUAUAUAUAUAUGUAUAUAUAUUUGCCCCGGGUGUUUUUGAUAAUGGUAAAAGUAAUAUGGGAUUUUAUGCAUUGCUUGCCUGUGGCAUUCACUUCCCUCUGCCGGGAUUGGCCAUUUUGGUGCCGUCAUACGGAUGAAGGCUUCUGGACGUGCAUUACAUUAAACAACAUUGUAUUACUAUGAUGAGAAAGUAUUGUGUUGUAUAACUGUAAACUAAUUAUACUUGUGUAUCUGUUGACUUUGUUGGUGACUAACAUAAUAUGUGAAGCUCAUCUUGAAUUGAAUGGACUGGAUGAAGUGCUCUUGUUGCACCAACUUUUCAUUUAUUGCGAUGAGAACUGAUGCACAUUGUAUAUAUAAAACAAAAAUGCAGAAAUAAGAAUUUUCUCUAAUUCA